CGCAAGACUCCCUACGACGACGACGACGAUCUAGAGGAAAAGAACGAUGAAAGAAAGGGCGACGUUGACGAAGAUGAGGAGAGAGAUAACAGAGACGGGAAAAAAGGAGGAAAGUCUUGUCGCGUGAUCCAAGUUCCUUUCUCUCUCAGUGAACCUCGAAGAUGUCGUCGUCGUCGUCGUCGUCGUCGUCGUCGUCGUCGUUGUCUUUUAAUCUCAGGUUACGGCUCGCCUCGCGAUGGAACCUCGAUCUUAGGUAUUACGACGACAAUCUCGAGGAAGAAGAAGCUGCUCGGACGAUCAAAUAGCAUAAAAGAAGAAGGAGAGGAAGGCCUGGAGUUAAGCACGCGAGACCGUGCACGCCACCGCUGCCGGUUGCCAAUUCUCUGAGUCAUAUCCGUGAAUUACUCCCUCCUCCUCGACCUCCACCUCACCCUCCUACGACCCUUUACUCGAAGAUGAACUCCAUGCUGUAUACCCUCUACGGGUUCGCGAUAUUUUUUAUGAUAUUCUGGUCGGGCAUGUGGAUAGUUCACAUGUUGGCUUUAAUAGCCGGCCGUUGGAAGCUUCAUCGAAAGAUCGCCCAAAUGCCGAGCUACGAGACUCCUCUGCCUGGUGUUUCAAUCAUAAAACCAUUAAUGGGAGUAGAUCCAAAUCUAUUCAAUAAUCUCGAGACAUUCUUCACGAUCGAAUAUCCUAAAUAUGAAUUGCUCUUUUGCGUCGAGGAUGAUUCCGAUCCAGCUUUGAUGCUGGUAGGGAAAUUAAUUGAAAAAUAUCCCCAAAUAGAGACCCGAGUAUUCGUCGGCGGUAGGAACGUCGGGGUCAAUCCAAAAAUCAACAACAUGCAGCCGGCUUACGAGACGGCUAAAUACGAGUUGGUACUUAUAAGUGACAGCGGUAUAAGGAUGAAGGAGGACACUCUAUUGGAUAUGGUUAAUCACAUGACCGAUAAGGUCGCAUUGGUACAUCAAAUGCCCUUCACGUAUGAUCGCGACGGUUUCGCCGCAGCAUACGAAAAGAUAUUCUUCGGUACUGUACAAUCGAGAAUGUACCUGGCAGCUGAUCUUUUGAGAAUAAACUGUCAUACCGGUAUGUCGGCGUUACUUCGUAAAGCGACCUUGGACGAGGUCGGCGGCCUCAAGACCUUCGGUGUCUAUCUCGCUGAGGACUUCUUUUACGCUAAGUCAUUGACCGACCGCGGCUGGCGAAUAACCGUCUGCUCUCAGCCGGCCUUGCAAAACAGCGGCCACUGCGAGUUGCACUCCUUCCAGGCGAGGCUCAGGAGGUGGGCCAAGCUUCGUGUCGCCAUGUUACCCACCACGAUCGUCUUCGAACCUCUCAGCGAGUGCCUCGUAUUAGGCGCCUGUGCCUCAUGGGCGGCCAGUGUUCUAUUCGACUGGGACUCUUUAGUUUUUUAUCUUGUACACAUACUAUUGUGGUUCAUGUUCGACUGGACGCUUUUGUGUGUCGUACAGAACGGGCCAUUGCCCUUCAACAAACUCAUGUUCGUCUGUGGAUGGCUUCUCAGUGAGAUCACGAGACCAUAUCUCUUCGUUCAAGCCGUCCUGGAUCCUCUGAUACAGUGGCGUUCGCGCGUUUACAAGCUCAGAUGGGGCGGCGUCGCGGAGGAAGUCAAGACGAAAAUCGAUGCGAUUUCGAGGAGAGAAAGGAAGAUCAAUCAAAAUUUGUAAUAAUAUAGAAAUGAAGAAUAGAAAUUAGUAAUGGAUCUUUACGAUAUGAUCGACGAAUGAUCGCGCAAAGAGAAUUUCGAAAGAUCUCUAAAUUAUGGUAUAAGAAUGUCGAACUGCAAUGUAUGUUAAAGAUAUUCAAGAUCAGCUGAUCUCUUAUCUACCGAACGACGAAAUCGAUACUCGAUUCUAAUCAUGAAGAGUCAAAUGGUUCGAAAUAUUACUUCUCGAACAUCAUGAUUGUUUUUUAGUCCAUAAAUAAAUGGAUGGAUAGAUAGAUAAAUAGGUAGAUAAAUAGAUAGAUAGAAAGAUUAGAUAAACAAUGGUUCUUCUCAAACAUUGGUUCCCUAAAUCCACAAGGGAAUACGGUGUAAUUAGUUCUAAUGCGAAUUAGUUCAUAGAUUAUAUACACGCGCGCUUACGCGCCCGCGCGCACACAUACACACUAUCGACGUGCUUAUGAUGUUAAAGUGCAGUAAACAUCGUGCCGCGUUUACGAUCGAUCUUACAUCACAUAUCUAGGAUAAAUUAAUUAGUUAAUCAAUUAAUCAAUUUAUUAUUUAAUUAUGAGAAAGUAGAGCGAAAGCGAAAAGAUAGUGAUUUUUCUUAUCUUUUUCUUUUUUAUUAUCAUAAUUAUCAUCAUCAUCAUCAUCAUUAUUAUUAUUAUUAUUAUUAUUAUUAUUAUUAUUAUUAUUAUUAUUAUUAUUAUAAAUUUUCUCUCUCUCUCU